AUGUAUUCAGGUAGUGUGCUAUUCCGAACGAGAGAGAGAGAGAGAGAGACUAAACGUGGACUAAAAGCACGAGCUGUUGAGCUGUUGUUCUGUGAUGCGAGGAAAGGUGAUAUUCUAACAGGUUCAAGUGUGUCAUUUAUAGAGGACUCAUGGAGGAAAAUCUUCCCGAUGAUCUGACGAAUCUCUCCGAACUGGACGAGAAAACUUUGCUGGAAGUUUUGACUGGACGCUUCACACACAGUCACAUUUACACCUAUAUAGGAGACAUCCUGGUGGCUAUUAACCCAUUUAAGUAUCUUUCAAUCUAUGAAAAGGAGGUAUCGGAGAGGUAUAAAUGUCACGAGAAGAGGUCUUUGCCCCCUCAUAUAUUUGCUGUGGCGGACAGAGCGUAUCAGUCAAUGCUCGGACGUCUGGCCACGGGACCCAAGAACCAGUGUAUCGUAAUCAGUGGUGAGAGCGGAGCGGGUAAAACUGAGAGCACCAAACUGCUGUUGAGACACAUCAUGGAGCUGUGUAAAGCAAACUCACAACUCGAACAGCAGAUCUUGCAGGUGAAUCCACUUCUCGAGGCCUUUGGAAACGCACAGACGGUCAUGAACGACAACAGCAGCCGCUUUGGGAAAUAUAUCCAGCUACGCUUCCAGAACUCAUCAGUCAAAGGAGCCAAAAUCAACGAGUAUCUCCUGGAGAAAUCUCGGGUGGUGCAUCAGGAUGAGGGGGAACAGAACUUUCACAUCUUCUACUUCAUGUUGGUGGGAAUCUCCUAUGAAGAUAAAGAGAUCUACGGUCUCCUCGAUCCUACGCACUACCGUUAUUUGAACGGCAGGUUUGGGCAAGAAGACGUGGCGCAGAACUGGCGUGUAAAAUAUGCUGAAGUGUGUAAUGCCAUGGACAUGGUGGGCUUUGAAGAGCAGGAAAAGGUGGACAUGAUGACUAUUCUCGCUGGAAUUCUGUCACUGGGGAACAUCACAUUUGAAACAACAGACAACGACGUUCUGAAAGUGUGUGAGGGGUCGCGUGGCUGGUUAAAAGCAACUGCUGGUCAGUUUGGUGUUCAGGAAGAGGACUUAUUGAAGAGUUUGACCUGCACCACGUCAAUGACACGAGGAGAGGCCAUCCAACGCCUGCACAACCAGCAGCAGGCCGAGGAUGCCAGAGACUCCAUCGCUAAAUUGGCGUACGGUCGAGUGUUCGGAUGGAUCGUCAGUAAAAUCAACGAACAGCUCGCACCAAAAGUAGACUGUGAUGUUGAACUCAGUGAAAUUGGAAUCCUUGAUAUCUUUGGUUUUGAAAACUUCGCUGUGAACCGGUUUGAGCAGCUCUGCAUUAAUCUUGCCAAUGAACAACUCCAGUAUUUCUUUAACCAUCACAUUUUUCUGAUGGAACAGAAUGAGUAUAAAGAGGAAGGCAUCACAUGGGAGACCAUAACAUACAAGGACAACAAACCCAUACUGGAUCUCUUCCUUACUAAACCCAUCGGGAUUCUCUCUCUGUUAGAUGAACAAAGCGCCUUUCCUCAGGCCACUGACAGAGAUUUUGUUGACAAGUUAAACAGCAAGUUUAAAGCUGCUCCCAACUUUGAGGUCGUGCGAAACCACACCCCUCUUUUCACUAUUGUGCACUACGCUGGGAAGGUGCAAUACAAUGCAAGUGGUUUUCUUGAGAAAAACAGAGACACGAUUCCAGCCAACAUUCGUGAGCUCUUCAUUAACAGCGUCACUCCACUGCUCAGCGUUCUGUUCGCAGCCACGAUUUCCAGAACGGGGACGCUAAUGCCACGGAAAGCAAAGUUUCAAGUUGCAGACGACAACUUCAACUCGACCAGGAAGCAGUCGGUCGGGUCGCAAUUUAAGCAUUCUUUGGCUGUUCUAAUAGAGAAGAUGUUUGCCGCCAGUCCGCACUUCGUCCGAUGCGUCAAACCCAACAGAAGCAAACAGCCCGAUCAACUGGACAGCAAACUGGUCAUGGAUCAGCUGAGGUAUAACGGCUUAUUGGAAACAAUCCGCAUCCGGCGAGACGGUUUCUCGUGGCGUCCAACUUUCAGGGAGUUUGCAGAGAGGUACACCAUUCUGCUGCUGAAACCUGAUCUGCCGGCAAACAAAGAAAGUUGUAUGUCUAUCCUCAACAACACUGAGCUAUCUGGUUGGAAGUGUGGAUCGUCACGUUUGUUUUUUAAAUACUGGCACCAGGAGGAGUUGGCACGUCUGCUGGAGCAACUGGGACGAGCAGCGCUUGUCAUUCAAAAGAAUUACCAUGCAUGGAUCUGCAGACGGAAGUAUCUGGCUCUGAUAGUGGAGUUACGGCGACAGCGACAGGCUCAGCGAGAGAGAGAGGAGAAGGAGAGGAGGAGACAACAGCUAGAGGAGGAGAUGAAGAGACGACUGGAAGUCGAGGAGGAGAAUCUGCGCCCUGAAUCUCCACCGGUUCCCUUGCCAAGGAAGAGGAUGCCGCAGCCCAAACCUCGCUCUGCACCGGGUAGCAUCACCAAAGCACCACACCUGGCACCGGUACCACGCCCACGCAGCAAGCUUUUUGAGGCGACUCCGUUUGAUAAUGAGCUGAAUGAGAAGGUUCAUCUGGACAUUUCUCAGGUGCUUCAGACGAUAGAUGAAGAGCGUAUUAAAGAGAAACACCUGAAGAAGACCAACACCAUCCGCUGGUUUAAGGAGACGCAGGUCCGUAAGCUGGCCCGAGACGGAAACUUUCCCAGCUGGUUUCACGGCAUGAUCACACGAAGACAAGCAGAGGAUCUCUUGAUUGACAAACCUCUUGGCUGCUUCUUGGUACGUGUUGGUCAAAGUCGGGAAGGCUACACUCUUACCUACAGGGGUGCUAAUCGCUGUCGUCACUACAUGAUUGAGAUGCAGACUAAUGGGAAGUAUGUGAUUCUCGGGGAGGAUCGAGCCCAUUCGUCUUUGGUAGACUUGGUCCAGUACCAUGCUCAUGUGGGCAUCAAGCCCUUUCUGGAGCUGCUCACGGUACCCUGCGGUCAGAUGUGUGAGCAGGAGCCAGACUAUGAGGAACUCAAAGCUCUGACAUCAUCGGCAUCAGUGGAGAGCAGCAGUGUAAAUUCUGCUGAAGAGGCCGAUCAGGAAAUGGGAACUGGAUCAAACAAAGUACAUCUGCAGAUGCAGAGACUGUUCCUGCCCCCGGGGCAAAACUCAAGCCCAGAGCACCACAAACCCCCCGUGCUGAAACGCAUAUCUGACAGGCGGCGACUGGUUGAGGCCACAGAGAUGGAACGCAAGGACAAUGACAAUCCAAACCAUGCGAGCAGACCGUUCCCCCGGCUGUACCCGUCCAUACGGUUGGCCAUGAGGGAAAUCCAACAGAUCCAACAGCACUUCCAGCAGAGCCAAGAUCAAAUCAAAGUCUCCUCCAACAAACCCUUGACUUCUUGGAAGAGGACAGAUGCAUAACACAUUGGAGAAUGAAACUCCAGUUGUUCUUGAUGCUGCUAUUUAUACUUUGACUUAUGUAAAUUGACAUUUUAAAGACACGAAGUGUCAUGGAAAUUCUCCACCUGGAAUUCACAUGGAGUGGGAGGGUUCCAAACACAUUACAGGACACGGUGCAGUGUUUUCCUCAGCGCUUUAUUCAUACCAUCCGGCCGGGGGGAGAAGCUCCUGUGGCUUCUCUUGAACACACAUACAUGGCAGGCUUAUAUAGGUUGUUAACAAGUUAUAUGUGAUUUCUCAUGUGAAAAGAUGUUUGUUAAGGAUGUUGUCACAUGAUCAGACCCUUAGCAGUAUGAACAAAGAGAAAUUGUCUUCUGCCUUAAGCACAACACAGGGCUGCUCCAAUUCUGCAUUUUCUAGCUUGAAGUAUUUUAUAACUAUUAUAAUUUCUUUCACAGAAGGAAAACAUUUUUUCAUUGGAUGUAAUUUUAUUUAACAUGUAAAUUAUGUUCUUGAUGUUUCUAGGUACUUGAAUAAAUGGUAUUAUUUCAUACACUGCACGCCUCUCUGCAUUUAAGGCUCCAGAAUUUAUAUGAUGAAUCACUUAAAUAAUAAAUAAAAUAAAACUAUUCUCUGAAGAGGCUGGCGCUCAAACUAAUGAACAUGCCGAACAUGAUCCUUUCCCGUGGUCUAAAGGAGUGGCUAUUUAACACGGCACAUAUAAAACACGGACAGAUCCCAACCUGUCUGAAUUCUCACAGGAUUUGGAGGGAAUCUCGACCAAAGCUUGACACAGUCUCUGAUCUUCCGAUGGAUCUGAUAUUGCUCGGAAUUUUCCUCUCCAUCACCUUCAGUGCUGUUCAAGAUAAU